AUUAAGGUGCCCCAUCUUCCCCACCUACUAUAGAAGCAAGUUCCUAACCCAUAUUUAUAAAGCGCGAAUGAUUGCACUUGCUACACCAGCUACGCUGCUGAAACAGUGAAACAGUUUAAUUAUAGACACAAUUAAAAGUCUAAACGCCAUGGGUUUCCCCUUUGCCUUCGGGGUGGCACAGAAUUGUCUGUUAAUGCAUCUUAUGCGUUUGCCCUUUCGUAAUGAGCGUCGUAAUGUAAACAGGGCAGGAUUUGCACGUUUUGUUAAUGCCAUCGCCAACACACGACGAUGUCGCCGAACGCCUACGCUAAGAAAAAAGGCAUUUCGCGAACGUAUAAAUAGCAGCAGAAUACAGAAGGAGAUGGAGAAUUGUUAUUUGAACCCUAAGGGAAAAGGUUGACCUUGCAGAGCAAUGGAAUUUCAGAGUUUUCUUGCAAUGUUUUCUCUUGUUGGAUUCGUAACGUGCAACCAAGACUUACUCCGUGGCAGCUUUGUAAAAUUCGCCAAUAUUAGAAAUAGCUUUUCGAUGCAGAAACACGAAACCUCAAGGCAUCGUCGCAGUAUUUGGCAGUUCGGUGUCAUGGUUCAGUGCGCGGAAGGUCUCGACCACCAAUUUCCAAUGUGGACCAUGGAAAAUUACAACGACUAUGGUUGUCAUUGUGGAAUGGGAGGAAAAGGCGACCCCCUUGACGUUAUAGACGAAUGUUGCAUGGAGCAUGACUCGUGUUACAAAGAAACUAGACUUCGACACAAGGUAUGGAAGUGGCAAAUAUACUUCACCCACUACAAUUAUCAGUGUCAUGGGAAGCGAAUAACUUGCUAUAACGGUUCAUCGUGGAAGCAAGACCUGUGCCAAUGUGACGUAAAAGCUGCGGGGUGUUUUGCGACCAACAGAGCGAAAUAUAACAGGGCGUAUAAAGAUAUUGACCAAGGAAGGUGUUUCCACAUGAGUGACCUCAGCUAGCGAUCAUAUUUCUGCGUGUUUUUAGAAUAUUUUUUUUUAACUAAAUAUUUUGUACUUUUAUACCGACAAUGUUAUCUCGAGCGGGUUGUUUAAUAAAAUUUCAAGAAAUGCCA